UCGGGCCUCUUUGGUGACGGAAACAGUAGAGGAGGAGACUUUAAAAUGGAGACCUCGGGUUCUGGGCCCGGCGAGUCCUCUGCAUUAGAAGCUCCAGGGUCUCCGGACGAUCGGUUGUUUCUGGUUAAAGGUGGAAUUUUCCUUGGUUCUGCAGCCGCAGCGGGAAUGCUAGCUGGAUUUGUUACAACAUUAUCAUUAGCUAAAAAGAAAAGCCCUGAGUGGUUCAAUAAGGGCACUAUGGCCACGGCUGCCUUACCAGAGAGUGGGUCUUCCCUUGCCCUUCGAGCCCUGGGCUGGGGUUCUCUUUAUGCCUGGUGUGGAGUUGGUGUGAUCAGCUUUGCAGUGUGGAAAGCCUUAGGAGUUCAUAGCAUGAAGGACUUUCGAAGUAAGAUGCAAUCCAUAUUCCCACCAAUUCCCAAGAACCGAGAGUCAGCCGAGGAGUGGGAGGAAGUCCUAAAGUGGAAAUGACACAGCACGGGCGACUCCGGAGCAACGGCUGCAGGAAUGGCAGCUUUGGAAACACCAUGUCUGAGAAAGACUGGGGUGACUCCUCUCUAGGAACACGUGCCGAUGGCCGGCAAACCCACAGGCCACAGCAUCACCGUGGCUGUGGCUGUGGCACACGGUCGGAAUGUUUUUCUAAAGUUAAGACAACAAUUGAAUUAUCUAGAAGUUCUCCUCGAGAAGGGAUCGGGAGGAAAUGUUUUUGUUUAGAACAAUAAACCAUGUUUCAUAGUCACAAAAAAAGGGGGGGGGGGAGCUGGAGAGAUCCCCAUGGCUAAGAGCUCACACUGCUCUCGCGAGGACCUCAGUUCGUUUUCCAGCCCCGUCCCUCUUUUGGGUGCCUCACCACCAUCUGUGCCUGAGACUCCAGGGGAAUCUGAAGUCUUGCCUGGAAUAUGUGCACACCUGCCCUCACGUGUAUCUACAGCCACAAAAGAAUAUACAAUUAAAAACUAAAAAUCUUUUUUUGAGAA